AGUUUGACCUCCCACCGGAGGAGUGGCGUUGACAGAAGGAUGGUCCAGCACAGAUAGAGGCGGCGGCAGCAUGCUGAGCGCAGUUACCGCACUGUGCCUCAUACAAAUUUACCCGAGCUGUGGAGGUAGACUUCUUUACCUUCGUGCCACCCCUAGGGUGACAACAAGAGCCAAACACAGAGCCAAAGAUCAAAACUACAGCGGUCAAGCAUCCGCAGCCGCUCCGGUGAUCCGCUCUGUUCAGCACAUUCACUAAGGAGAUUUAUCACACGCAACCUGAGAUGAGCAGCAGCAAGAAGAUGGAGGAUGAGGCGGUGCUGGACCGGGGGGCAUCCUUAGUCAAGCACAUCUGUGACGAGGAGGAGGUAGAGGGUCAUCACACCGUUUACAUUGGCGUGCACGUGCCCAAGAGCUAUCGGCGUCGGAGGCGUCACCGUCGGAGAACCGGCCACAAGGACAGAAAGGAGAGGUUGACGGAGAACACUUCUGACAAGUCGGACACAGAAAACAACGAUGAGGCCAGCAACAGCAUCCUCAAACCUCUCAUCUCGCCGGCAGCCGAGAGGAUCCGCUUCAUCCUCGGUGAGGAGGAUGACGGCCCGGCACCCCCACAACUCUUCACUGAGUUGGAUGAGCUGCUGUCAGUGGAUGGACAGGAGAUGGAGUGGAAGGAGACGGCCAGGUGGAUCAAGUUUGAGGAGAAGGUAGAGAAAGGAGGUGAACGCUGGAGUAAACCACACGUGGCCACGUUGUCCUUACAUAGCCUUUUUGAACUCCGGACGUGCAUAGAGAAAGGCACCAUCAUGCUCGACAUGGAAGCUUCUACUCUACCUCAGGUUGUUGAGAUGAUCACUGACAACCAGAUAGAGAUCGGCCAGCUGAAAGCAGACCUAAAGGACAAAGUGAUGUACACGUUGCUACGGAAACAUCGUCAUCAGACCAAGAAGUCCAACCUGCGUUCUCUGGCUGACAUCGGCAGGACGGUCUCCAGUGCAAGUAGGCUGUUUUCCAACCCGGAAAACGCUCGUAGUCCUCUUGGGAACUCUGCGACUUGCCUAUCGGGUCACAUAUCAAUGGAGGACUUGCAGAGCCAACGGAGUACCAGCAUGGACUGGCUUAAUAGUCCCACCACAACUCACCGGAACCUGACCUCCAGCAGCAUGAACGACAUUUCUGACAAACCAGAAAAAGACCAGCUGAGGAACAAGUUCAUGAAGAAGUUGCCGAGAGAUGCCGAGGCCUCCAACGUGCUGGUGGGGGAGGUGGACUUCCUGGACACGCCAUUUGUGGCGUUUGUUCGUCUGCAGCAAGCUGUGAUGCUGGGAGCCUUAACAGAGGUUCCUGUUCCCACAAGAUUUUUAUUCAUCUUGCUUGGACCCAAAGGCAAAGCCAAGUCGUACCAUGAGAUUGGCAGAGCGAUCGCCACGCUGAUGUCAGAUGAGGUCUUUCAUGACAUUGCGUAUAAGGCCAAGGACAGACAAGACCUGCUGGCUGGUAUCGAUGAGUUCCUGGAUGAGGUGAUCGUGCUUCCUCCUGGAGAGUGGGACCCGGCCAUCAGGAUAGAGCCUCCGAAAUCCCUCCCCUCCUCUGACAAAAGGAAAAACAUGUAUGCAGGCGGGGACCCUCACAUGAACGGAGAUAUGCCUCAUAAUGGAGAGGGUCACGGAGGAGGGGGACACGCCGUAGGGGACGAGCUGAAGAAGACUGGAAGGUUUUGUGGAGGUCUCUUACUUGACAUCAAAAGAAAAGCGCCUUUCUUUGUCAGUGACUUCACCGAUGGAUUUCACAUUCAGGCCUUGUCGGCCACUUUGUUUAUCUACCUGGGAACUGUGACAAACGCCAUCACCUUUGGUGGUCUGCUGGGCGAUGCUACAGAAAACAUGCAGGGUGUGUUGGAGAGUUUUCUGGGCACAGCGAUCACCGGUGCGAUUUUCUGUCUGCUGGCCGGCCAGCCUCUCACCAUCCUCAGCAGCACCGGUCCUGUUCUGGUGUUUGAACGCUUGCUCUUCAAUUUCAGCAGAGAAAAUGAUUUUGACUACCUGGAGUUCCGCCUGUGGAUCGGGCUGUGGUCAGCGUUCUUCUGCCUGGUGCUCGUGGCUACUGACGCCAGCUUCUUGGUUCAGUAUUUCACCCGGUUCACUGAAGAGGGCUUCUCCUGUCUCAUCAGCUUCAUCUUCAUCUAUGAUGCCUUCAAGAAGAUGCUCAAAUUAGCUCACCACUAUCCCAUUAACUCAGAAUUCAUGAUGGAAUAUGUCACACAAUAUGACUGCCUCUGUAUGGCCCCUGCUGUUCUAGAGAACAAUACAGACAUCAUUGGGGAUCCUUUAGAGGGUACUUCAGUCUGGUAUUGGAACAACACUGAUCUGCCAAUGAACGCCACGUGGUCGUCCCUCUCAAAGACAGAGUGCUUAAAAUACAACGGAGAGCUGGUGGGCAAGGCCUGUGAAUUUGUCCCAGACAUCACCCUCAUGUCCUUCAUCCUGUUCUUUGGCACUUACACUUGCUCCAUGUGUCUAAAGAAGUUCAAGACCAGCCCGUUCUUCCCCACUACUGUGAGAAAACUCAUCAGUGACUUUGCCAUCAUCCUGGCCAUCUUCAUCUUCUGUGGAGUCGAUAUGCUCGUAGGAGUCGAUACUCCUAAACUUAUUGUGCCAAGUGAAUUCAAGCCAACAAGUCCUAACCGGGGCUGGUUUGUGCCUCCGUUUGGAGGAAACCCCUGGUGGGUUUACCUGGUGUCAGCUCUUCCUGCCCUGCUGGUUACCAUACUAGUCUUUAUGGACCAACAGAUUACUGCUGUGAUCGUCAACAGGAAGGAGCACAAGCUGAAGAAAGGGGCAGGUUACCAUCUGGAUCUGUUCUGGGUGGCCAUUCUGCUGAUUAUUUGCUCCUUCAUGGGACUGCCGUGGUAUGUGGCUGCCACAGUUAUCUCCAUCGCUCACAUCGACAGUCUGAAGAUGGAAACCGAAACAUCGGCUCCUGGAGAGCAGCCGAAGUUCCUGGGUGUGAGAGAGCAGAGGGUCACCGGUGUGUUGGUGUUCAUCCUGACAGGACUGUCUGUAUUUAUGGCUCCUAUUUUAAAGUUUAUCCCCAUGCCUGUGCUGUAUGGAGUCUUCCUAUACAUGGGGGUGGCCUCUCUCAAUGGAGUGCAGUUCAUGGAUCGUCUCAAACUGCUUCUGAUGCCAGCAAAGCAUCAGCCGGACUUGGUUUACCUGCGACACGUUCCCCUCAGGAAGGUCCACCUCUUCACCUUCAUUCAGAUCCUUUGCUUGGCUCUGCUCUGGGUCCUUAAGUCCACUGUGGCCGCCAUUGUAUUCCCUGUCAUGAUCCUUGCUCUGGUGGCCGUCAGAAAAGUGAUGGACUACAUGUUCUCCCAGCAUGAUCUCAGCUUCCUGGACGACAUCAUCCCAGAGAAGGACAAGAAGAAGAAAGAGGACGAGAAGAAGAAAAAGAAAAAACAAGGCAGCAUAGACAGCGAUGCUGAAGACUCUGACUAUCCUUACAAUGAGAAAGUUCCCAGCAUUAAAAUCCCCAUGGACAUAAUGGAGCAGGAGCCUUUCUUAGGUGAUAAGGCCUCUGACAGAGAUAAAUCCCCAUCAUUCCUUGAACGACACACAUCGUGCUGAGCAGCUUCGCUACUACCAGGCCAACUGCUUGUCCAGCCAUGAGAUGAGUCCGCUGAAGUCUGUGCCUCAGAUUACAAUAGACAUGGACCCAGACGAUGAUAAUACGUUCUACUGGAAGAGCAGAGGAUCUGAAACGUCUCUGUAGAGCACCCAACCACCGCGACUCCUGACAGGCAACUCCUGCAGCACCCGCGAGAUAACUUUUACUUUCCUUUAAAAACAAUGAUUUCAGCACUUUGCUCUAAGUAUGUGGUGCAUGGUCUUAAGACGAGACACUUAAUUUUACUAAUUAAGUCAUUUUAAAACCAUUUCUUUCCUCACUAUCUUCUCUUGGUGUUUUCCUCACAGCUCCACAGUAAACUGAUAAAUGUCACUCCUUACUAUCCUUCUAUGCAACUCUUCCCACAUAUCAACAGUAAAUGCUGCAGCUCUCUCUGACCACGCAUGAAAUGCCCUCCUCGCUCUUUUUAUAUAAAUAUAUAUAUAAAUAUGUGUCUGAAUUUUUAUAUAAAUUGAUUUAAUAACAUUUUUCUGUGGCAGAAUUUUUUUUUUAUAGUUCUACCUCUUGUUUUAGAUUAAAAGCUUACUAUGAACAAAUGCAACAUGUUGAUUUUUGACGCAGCAUGAAGUUUUGAUAUUUUCUCUGUCCUUUUGUAGAUAUGAAAUUCAGAAGAUUCACUAUUAUAGCUCGUGAAGGAAAUAUGUGCAAAUAGAGAUUAUUUGAAGUUAAUUAACAGUUGAUUAAUAAUGUAUAUGUGUAUGUGCAGGUCAGGUAAAUAUUUUUAUUUUCACUUUUUGAUGCAGUUUUGAUUGCUUCACCUUCUCUUUCUAAUGUUCUGAAUCUUUCAAGUGUUCACUUCAAAGCUUUUGUUACUCUUUUAAGUUCAAUCUUUUUUGUUUUUCUUCUCUUUUUUAUUUAAUGAUCGUUUUGUGUGUAUGUCAGUAACUUUUUCUUAUGACCUUCACUUCAUUCUUUCUUUGUGGGUAGAAAACAGUUCUGCGAUACAUUCAGUAAUCAUCCGAUUGUCCUCAGCCAAACGUAAACUCUAACUAGGAAUGCAUAUCAUAUAAUCGCUUGUGCUGCACAAACUACUUUACCGAAGUGGCUUAUAAGAGAUGGAUCCAGACUGAUUUAUUAUUGUAACAACGUGACGAGGGAAUCAUAUCCAUGUAAACUCCAUGCAGCAAGUUUAUUUAUUUUUGUCUCAGAUGCUGUUGGAAUUAUCUGAUCUGAAAAUGGGAUCACACAUAUCUUUUUUUUAUUUAACAUAUUAAAGGAUGGGUUUGAAUUUUUUCAAGUAUCUCAAUACUGUACUCACAUGCAGUACUGUAUGUACAUAAGGAAGUUAUUGGUUGCUGUUAUAAUUCUUCCUGUACAGGCUUUGACAUCCAUAGACAUAUAUACAUAGACGCCGCAUUAUGUAUAUAGGUCUAUGGUGACAUCAUCUACGAAGGUAGAGCAACUAAACUGAGAUACAGGGGAGAAACCAUAGAGAAAUCCAUAGUUAGGUUAUAUUCACACAUACAGAUACAAUGAGGUUAGUUGUCUCCUGCAAGCCUGAAGUUUGCAGCUAUCCCUAGCUCCUAUUGGACAGUUGUUUUCUCACUUUGCUACUAUAUUGGCGAACGCUGUAGUAGUUCAUUUUCCAAGCUAUAGUACGUGUUUCCAUCAUCGUAUUUCUAUUUCAAGUCCCUGUGGUACUUCAGAAUGGUAAACCUGCUUACAGAGUUUUUUACGUAGUUGUUUUAUUCUCCUCUAAACUAUAUGCUUGAAGAGAUAAACAAAACAACUGCAAUUGGUUCUUGCAAGAUUGACACACAUUUAAAAAAACAAAAAGUCCAUUCUUUUGGAGGAUACCCACUUGAUUUGUCUCUAAAGCCUCACUAGCUAACUUUAAAAUACACUUUUGCACAGGAUUGUACAUUUUAUCUCCCAUGUUUUGACAGUGUAGUUGCAUUAGAAAGGUAUUGUUGGCCAGUAUGGAGACAAGGGAUGAGUACAGUGAACAGAAACUCUCAGUGCACAUUUGGCAUGUGAGCGUUAUGUUAAGAAAGACUCCAAACAUACCACAGUUGUUUUUAGAACUUAAUCUCAAUCUGUUAAAAUGAUGCACAAACUAUUCACUGUAUUCCUACAGAGUGCCCAGUGAGUCCACAGUCCCAUCCAGAAAGAAUCAAACCCUCUCAGAUCUGACAUGACUUUUUUUUGGCCAGUACUAUCUACUAAAGCACUGUUCAUCAUUACAGUAUCCCCACUUUAUCUCUAAAGGACUCCCUGAAGCACAUUCUCACUUGGAUGUUUAACUCUUAUAUGGAAGUCCGCUCUGUCUUCAUUACCACUAUAGACAGAAAAUGUAACUGUGUGAUUAAUGAGCCGCCUUCCUGCUCUGUAAAUCAUGUACAUACAUAAAAGGCACGUCGGCUCAAACCAAAAUGUAACAAGUGACUUUGUACCUUCACGGUUCAUUGUGUUUAGUUUGUUUCAGUUCAUCAGCCGAAAUAACAACGUAAUUUAUACUCCACAUCAGUGUUUUUAGUCAACAGCAGCGAGGGGAACAAUUGUGACUUAAUGUCUGAGACAUAUAUGUGGGGAGUUGUUAGUUUAAAGUGUACUGGGUCACUAUGUCUACGUCAAAUGAAAAACUUGAUGUUAAUUUUAGCAUACGGAAUAAAUACUGAUACGUUUGCUUUGAUUAACUUUUUAGAAACCGGUGAAAUGAAUUAUUUUAGAAUUUAUAUUUUUCAAAUGAAAUGUAUAUUGAAAAUAAACAGAAUUGUCAAACAG